CCAUCUACUCUACCAUCUGAGCUACAUCUUCUUGUUGUGCACUCUACUAAGGUUGAAGCCUACAUCGCUUCAGAUAAAAAUAUAAAAUGCAAGUGAAUUUGAAGCCUAUAUUAUAGGAGUGUGUUAUAUUUAUAGGAAAAACAAUGAUGAUGAUUAAGUCAUUACAUGCUUAGAUAAAUAAAUUAUACAAAAUAUUAAAGUUGUGGAGAUGUAGCAAGCGCUCUACCAUCCAAGCUACAUCCUCUUGUUGAGCACUGUGUUCAUUUUGAAGCUUAUAUCUUUUUAGUUAAAAAUAUUUCACGUGAAUUUAAAGCCUGUAUUUACAGGAGUGCAAUAUAUUUAUAGCAAAAAUGACGAUGAUUGUUAAGUCAAUAUAUGCUCAUUUAAAUCAAAUGUAAAAUAUUUAAGAGUUUUGGAGAUGUGGGGUAUCAAUUCUCGUACCUCCCGCAUGCUAAGCAAGCGUUCUACCAUCUGACCUAUAUCCCAAUGUUGUGCACUCUACUCAAGGUUAUAUUGAUUGAGUUCAAAAUAUAAAAUGCAAGUGAAUUUGGAGGUUCUAGGAGUGCAUCUACAAAAGAUAUAAUAGCAAAACAAAGGUUAGAUUUUCAGGGAUUCAAAUUCCCAGCCACCAGAGGGUUUCCCGGAAGGGUAACUUUGUCAUUUCACCUCUGUUAAUUGAACCCUUGCGUUUUGUUGAGGAGAAGAAUGGACAGGCCAAAUCGCCAACCCCGCCAAAUAAAACAGCCAAACGCAAGUCGGCCCACUUACGGUCCCAAACACCCGCUGGUGAGAAUAUGAUGAUCAUGUCACCCUUACUAAAUGAAACUCACCGUUUUGGCUCAGUCCCCCUCACUAGACAGCUCAAUCCAUCGACCGGCCCAACUAAAGCCGACCUUUUUUCUAGGCCUGCCCAUCUACGCUCUCUAGCUCGAUCCCAACACCGUUUGGUCUUCUUCUCUUCCUCACCGUUCUUUUCCCUUUUCCUUCUGGCAAACAUAGCGGAAAACAAGAGCCUCAAUUCCUCAAUUUGGUAUCUCAGCUUCAUAUUUCAAGAUUCCUUAUUGCCAUUGUCAUUCGCUGUGAUGUCGUUCUACUAUGUUGGCUCCAAUUUUGAUGUUUUCUAUUGUACUAUACCUCACUAGGGUUUUUGGUUCGUCAAGGGUCUUCGUGACGGCAACUAUGGCCGCAAAUCAACAUGCUGCCGGUACCUCUACAUGGGGAUUACGUGGUCACCAAGUCCAUCAUUCAAGGAAACAAUGUACUUUCUAUCCCUGUGUUUUUUCCCAUGCCUAUUCUUCACCUACGUGGUCAACGUUUGCACACCAUAUAAUGCUUUGAUUUUCCAGGGUUGAUGCGAGCAAUAUUCAAGCCGCCAAAGUCUCCUUCCACACAACAAAUUGCUGUUGAGCGGGAUCGUCUUAGUCAACGUAGUACAACGACUCCUAAUAGUUGUUAAAUCAAAUGCCGUCAUGUUUAUUGGAUGCAAAUAAUUCCAGUUUUUUUUUAAUCCUUGAAAUACACUAUCUUGAAACACAAUUGCGCCAUAUCGAUCGCAUGAUUGCCUAGGCCAAUCGGCACCGACAACGGGUGAUUUUGAACACACGUUUGCGACUUAUGGUUCAACAUGCUAGACAUGGUAAUCAUCGCUAUCUUUUAGAGGUGUCAAUUUAUUUUGCGAGACGUGAUAUAUAAUUUUAUCUGAUUUCAUUACCCCUACAUAUGUGACCUGCGGUAAAUAGGGAUGGAAUGAAAUUCAAUUGUUUGAUGAAUUGUGAACUGACUAAAAGCAUUGCCAAAUUUGAUGCCUCAUAUUAUACUUCAUGCAUCUCACGCUUGCGGACAAAACGAGCACGAGUUAUGCGAUCAAUUUAUUUGUGUAAAAGGCGGAUGGUUCAUGCUGUUCCUAGGAGAUUUUCCCGUUUUCAUGGUUUGUGGUUUCAUAUUUCAUGUUUUUUCACGGGAUAAAUCUAACUGUUUAUGUGUCAAUUAUCUUACGUAACUACUUUGAUUGUAGGGUAUCCUGCUGUUGAAGUUUUCAGUCUCGACCAGCCUUCAAGCAUUUGUCAAUACUAUGCAGCAAUUAUGUGGCUAGAAGAAAGUACAGCGCCUACUAGGGGUCACGCCAAUCCCGUUUUCCCAUUAUGUUGCAAAUCGGGGGAAAGGUUAAAUUGCCUCCCAGACGUGAUCCGCCUACAUUUUGGCAUGAAUUAUUAAACUCGCUGACACCUAUGGGCCGUUAUUUCCUGGAAGCUAUUCGUAUAUAUAAUGUUGUAUUUUCCUUCAUCUCCUUGGGUGGCAAAGUGGAUCGUGGGAUAAAUGAUGGACGGGGUGUGUAUGUGUAUUCUAUAAGUGGUCAGCUUACUUCCUGCAGAAGGUGAGGCCCCGAGGUUUGCACAAUUGUGUAUUCAUGAAUCAGGCUCUGAACUGCAGAAUCGUCUGCAACUAUGUCCAAGUGAUAAUCAAUUCAAUUCAUUGCGGCCGAAGAUUGUUGAAGGAUUGGAAGAAAUGUUUGACAGAAACAAUGUUAUAGUCCAGACCUUCCGGAUGGCAAGGCAAAAGAUUCAUGAAGGCAAUGUUCAAGAAGUGAAGAUCAAAUUAUUUGCGAAGCGUGCACAUGAUGGGAGAGAAUAUGAUCUGCCAACAGGAAAUGACAUAGCAGCAUUAAUUGUUGAUGAAACAGGUCAAGAUACAUUUGAGCCAGAUAUUAUUGUCCAAUAUAAGAGCUCUCAACUUAAGAGAAUUAAUUUCCAUCAUCCAUCUUUAAUGGCGUUACAAUACCCUAUUCCAUUCCCUUAUGGUGAGGAUGGAUGGCAUCCGGAUAUAAGCUGCAAUGAUGAUCCUGGUGAUGAUGACAAUCCUAAGAAUCUUCUGAAUGACAACACUUUGUCCCAAUGUGAUUACUAUGCAUAUCGCAUGCAGAGUAGAUUUCAUGAGUCAAAGUCGCUAUUAUUAGCUGGAAAAUUAUUUCAUCAGUAUGUCAGCAAUGCAUUGGUGGAAGCAGAACGACUUGAAUGGAUCCGCAAUAACCAGUCUAAGCUUCGUACUCACUACGUUAGUGGUUUGCUCGAUGCUUUUCUACGGGGUGACUCUGAUUUAGAGAUGACUGGGAAGCAUGUGAUUUUGGCUGCUUCGCAUACUGGGAGUCCAUGUUAUAAGGAUGAGCAGCCACAUCAGCCUAUCUUAUUGGAACAAACACCAGCAACACAGAUUCCAUUUAUCUCCCUUGCUGAACUUCUCGACCUACAAGCUGAUCCUGACAUGGAGGAAUUGGUCUUCUCUGUUGAGUGUAAAUUUGUCGGCAUCAAACCAGGUUGGUGCUACAUGGGAUAUCCCAACUGUGUCUUCAAGCCUAUACAAUGCCAGGGUCAGUUUUAUUGUGUCCGCUACAACAAAACUUCACUGAAUAAGGUUGCCAAAUAUCGCAUUCACAUUGAGUUCGAAAGUGAUUCUAGACGAGCCACAUUCACGAUGUUUGAAUUUGAAGGCAAGCGCUUUUUUUGGAAUGACUCACCGCCUGAGGAGCUGCUUCAGCUGGUGGGGUUGACAAAGAACUUCAACAUCAAAUUCAAGAUCAAUUUGUAUGGUAAUGGGCUAGAUGAUUUUACCGUGUUGAAGAUUAAAGACCCAACACCACAUGGAAAUGAAUCAACUUUACACAAAGAUGGAUCAUCUUCAUCCAUUACCAGUGGUCUUGAAUCAAGCCCCUCUUCACCUCACCAUUCAGGCGAGAAUGGUAGCAAAGAAGCUGUUGAUGGAUAAGGAGAAGCUACCCCUCUUCACCUCACCAUUCAGGCGAGGAAUGGUAGCAAAAAAGUUGUUGAUGGACAAGGAGAAGCUACCCCAACUCCAGACAACAAACUCAAGAGAAAAUUGUUGUAGAUGUAACUUGCUGAAAAAUUGGUAGUGCACAUUAUUUGAUGUCUAGCUCUCCCAAUGUCUUUCCAUCAUCAUUUCACAAUAUUUAGACCCUGAUAUGUUUUUCAAGACUUUCAUAUGUGUUGCCAGGAUUAUUGCUUCCUAAUGUUAUUAUGAACUUAGCCAUGAGAGCCUGUUUGUUAUCGCAUUUCAAUUCAUUAAACCUAUUUCCUUUAG